AUGGGCCAUACUGAAUCCGCAAGUGGAAUGGAUUGUCCAUUCCCAAUAUCAUGCAAAUUGUAUUAUUACGUAGUCUAUUUUGAUACCGUAUACCAGUGGUAUAAAGCUAUGAUGAAAGGAACAUCCGUCAUACCAUCCGUCCUUUACACGGCUAUCGUCGUUCUCCUGGGUCGACUCGAGAGUUUGACAGAACCAAAGGGUCGUAUUGUCGAAUCUCCUCAUCAUUACCAAACUAACGUGAAUUGCUCUUGGUUAAUUGAAAGUGGAACGACUAACACAACAAUAAGGAUAGAAUUAACAGAAUUUGCCACAGAAUGUUCCUGGGACCAUUUAUAUGUUUUCGAUGGCCGUGAUUCGUUCGCUCCUCUAGUUGCUAGUUUUAGUGGUAUCAUUUCACCUCAAACUAUUACUAAUGGAAUACAAUCUUCGGUACCAACUGUUGUCACCAAUUCUGGAGCUGCAUUUCUAUACUUUUAUAGUGAUCAAGCUUAUGUAACUAAAGGGUUUAACAUUUCUUACAGUAUGGUGACUUGUAUUCAUGGAUGUUCAGGCAAUGGAGUAUGCAUCGAUAAUGUAAAUUGUUUGUGUGAUACUGGUUGGACAGGAAGUGAUUGUAGCAGUCAUGUUUGUUCAGAUGGCUGCUCCCUUGUAAUCGAUCGCAGUAGUCGUGGUUUCUUUUGUCAAUGUUACAAACUAGUCGAAUUAGUUUCUUUGGUUGCUGCAAACAGUAGUGAUGGCUACUGGAAAGCGCUAAUAACCGGCAUGAAAGAAACUAACGAGGGCAGAGUGUCUCAUACGGCGGUUGUUAACGAUGGUUAUAUGUGGGUUUUUGGCGGUUAUGCGUUGAAGCAGACAUUGCUAAAUGAUUUUAUUAAAUUUGACCUCAAGGAUAGUAUUUGGAGCGCAGUUAGUCCAAAUAGUUCUUAUGCGAUGCCUUCAAGACGUUACGGACAUUCUUCAGUAGCUUACAAGGACGCAAUUUUUAUAUAUGGCGGACAAUAUGAUGGAAAGAUCUUUAAUGAAUUAUGGAUAUACAACAUUACUUCAAAUAUAUGGUCUCUUAUCCAAAAUUUAAAAACAAACUCCUGCUCUCCCUCUAAAUCUCGUGAGUGGAAUUGUAUUACCACAUAUGGAUCUGCGGUUCGCGGAUUGUACGGUCAUACUAGUGUCUAUGAUAGUGUCACUCAAAAGAUUUAUGUACAUGGAGGCUAUUUAGAUCGAAGCUUGAGCGCCGAGUCUGGAAGAUUAACCGAUUCAUUAUAUGCCUUUGAUCCUAGCAAUCAUUAUUGGUUGGUCUAA